AUGGUUCGAGGACGGAGAUCGAGUAAUUUGGGUGCGGACAUUCGCGGUGACACUGGCGCACCGGCCAUGUCCACCAUGAAUGAAGUCAGCCCCAUUGAUGGGGAGGCUCCCAGAUGGGAUCAGCUGCUUAAGUCCGGUGCCUCCGACGACAAGUCAACCAAGGCCCCCGCGAAACGUCGCAAGAAGUCCUCUCUGCGCCGCUUCAAAGAUGCUUGUCUGAAGCACACCUGGCUUCUGCCAUUGCUCAUCCUGAUUGUUCUCCUGUCCCUGUACGCGAUCAAUCCGACAACAUCGAAUCCGCUGCACAGCGCCAUCUUCCUCUCCUAUCCGCAGCCUCCGAAGUACCCUGGCGGCCCGAUCAUGUACGGAAAAGGUCCUAAGGAUAUCGCUUUCGUCUCAUUUUAUACUGUCGUCUUGUCCUUCACUCGUGAAUUCAUCAUGCAGCGCUGGAUCCGACCGUUUGCAGUGUACUGCGGCAUCUCUGGAAGGGGCAAAACUGCUCGAUUCAUGGAACAGGUGUAUACAGCCAUCUACUUCGGGAUCUUCGGCCCCUUCGGUCUCUAUGUCAUGUACAGGUCGGAUAUCUGGUAUUUCAACACCACGGCCAUGUUCGAGGGCUUUCCUCAUCGGGAGCACGAGGCGCUCUUCAAGGCCUUUUACCUGCUGGAGGCGAGUUACUGGGCGCAACAGGCGAUUGUGUUGAUGCUCCAGUUGGAAAAGCCACGGAAGGACUUCAAGGAGCUGGUAGCACAUCACAUAAUUACUCUGUCCCUCAUUGGACUGAGCUAUCGGUUCCAUUUCACUUACAUGGGUAUCGCUGUGUAUAUCACCCAUGAUAUUUCUGAUUUCUUCCUUGCCACCUCCAAGACUCUCAACUAUCUCGACCACUGGAUCACCGCGCCCUACUUCGCUAUGUUCGUCGGCAUGUGGGUCUAUCUUCGUCAUUUCCUGAAUUUGAAGAUCCUCUGGGCCGUCCUGACUGAAUUCCGGACUGUCGGACCCUUCGAGCUUAACUGGGAAACCCAGCAGUACAAGUGCUGGAUCAGUCAAUACAUCACCUUCGCCUUGCUGGCCAGCUUGCAAGCUGUCAACCUCUUCUGGCUUUUCCUGAUUGGACGUAUUUUGAAGAAUUACAUCAUCAGCGAUAUCAAGAAGGAUGAGAGAAGCGACGACGAGGAUACGGAGGAUGAACUUCCGCUUCCCGACGCAAACAGCCAUGCCACACUUGCGACAGGUAUCGAGGAGCCAACCCUGAACGCCCGCAGCAAGGAGAACAAGACUCCUCAGGUUCUUGUGAACGGUCAGCCGGUCAACAGCAAGCACUAA